AUGAGGCCAGGGGAGCAGAACUGUGGGAAGGGUGAGCAUCAGGCAGAUAGUUCCAAGGUAGAUCUAACAGGUGACUGGGUGGUGGGAGAUGUGCAGGGCCAGGUUGCAGAGGGAAACCCUGGCCUUGAACAUUCAUGGUCUCCUGAGCGCCAUGCUGUGGAUUUUAUUGAGAGAACCUAAACUGCUGGUCAAUCCCCAAAGGGGUUCAUUGGAGUUUUAUCAAGCCAGCUUUCAUUAUGUCUGCUUAAUGUCCAUCUCUCCAAGCUUCCCACCAGACUGCAAAGGCCCAGCUGCGGUGUUCUGAACAGCAGUCCAGCUGUGAGGGGAGGUGCCCAUGGCAGGCCUCAGCUGACCCUGGAGAGGCUGUUAAGACCUGGCUGUCGCCUCCAUAGCUGCUCAGAGGCAGAGAAGGGUGGCUUUAUAAGAAGAAGAAAAGAGAUCACUCUCUUUCCACUUGAGGACCCAGCAAGAAGGUGGCUGUCUGAGCCGGGAAGAGAGCCCUCACCAGGAAUCUGCUGGCAUCUUAAUCUUGGACUUUCCAGCCUCCACAACUGUGAGAAAUAAAGGUAUGUUGCUUAAGCCACCCAGUUUGUGGUAUUUUGUUAUGGCAGUCCUAGCUGACUAAAAAAUACUGCCUCCUAGAACCUAUGAGUUUUGUUUCAAAGCCACAGUCUAGAGUUAUCCAUCUA